GCCAAAGAAAGCCUGAAACCCAGACACCUGACACAUUGAUCGGGCUCUUUCUAGAACACUCAAGAGCCUCCCUACCCAGACACCUGUCCCCAGGAGCCUGGGAUCCACCCCAGCAGGUUUUGGCUGUUGCCUCUGGCCAGGUGAUCUCUGUGUCCUGUUCUCCUCUCUGGGCCACUGAAAAUUACGGACACAGGCUCAGCUUGCCCACCCCUUCUAACCACCCUUCUCCUCCACCUUCCUGCCUUCACGGGACCUGAGGCGGCCCUGCCAUCUCCUACCACCAACCUGCUGUGUCCUUUCCACAGGAUGGGGCUAGUGGGCAGCAAAAAGCAAGUCAAAGAGAAGGGCAAGAGCCACUGGAGCCCCGCGACGGUCAGCGCUCAGAGCAAAGCACCCCCACCACUACCGCCCCUGGUCGUCCUUAACCACCUGGACCCCCCACCUCCCAGUGAACUCCCGGAGCAAGAGGGACAUUUUGUGGUGGCCCUGUACGACUAUGCAGCCGUGAAUGACCAGGACCUGCACAUGGUGAGGGGCGAGAAGCUACAGAUCUUGCAGGAAACUGGAGACUGGUGGUUGGCCAGGUCGCUCGUCACGGGGAAAGAAGGCUACGUGCCCAGCAACUUUGUGGCCGGAGUCGAGUCCCUGGAGGUGGAAAAGUGGUUCUUUAAGUCAAUCAGCAGGAAAGAGGCCGAGAGGCAGCUUCUAGCUCCAGUCAACAAGGCCGGCUCCUUCCUCAUAAGAGAGAGCGAAACCAGUCAAGGCGCUUUCUCUCUGUCGGUGAAGGACGCCAGCCCCCAGGGGGAGGUGGUCAAACACUAUAAGAUCCGCUCCCUGGAUGAAGGGGGCUACUACAUCUCCCCCCGGGCCACCUUCCCCUCCCUCCAGGCCCUGGUGGAGCACUAUUCUGAGAAGGGGGACGGUCUAUGCCAGAGGCUGACCCUGCCCUGUGUGGGCGUGGCUCCUCAGAGCCCCUGGGCCCAGGACGAGUGGGAGAUCCCCCGGCAGUCUCUGAAGCUGGUCAGGAAGCUGGGCUCAGGGCAGUUUGGCGAAGUCUGGAUGGGUUACUACAAGAACAACGUGAAGGUGGCCAUCAAGACCUUGAAGGAGGGAACCAUGUCUCCAGAAGCCUUCCUGGGCGAGGCCAACCUGAUGAAGACCCUGCAGCACGAGCGGCUGGUGCGCCUCUACGCCGUGGUCACCAGGGAGCCCAUCUACAUCGUCACGGAGUACAUGGCCAGAGGCUGCUUGCUGGAUUUCCUGAAGACGGAUGAAGGCAGCAAAUUGUCCCUCCCACGGCUGAUCGACAUGUCAGCCCAGAUUGCCGAAGGCAUGGCGUACAUAGAGCACAUGAACUCCAUCCACCGCGACCUGAGGGCGGCCAACAUCCUCGUGUCCGAGGCGCUGAGCUGUAAAAUCGCUGACUUUGGCCUGGCCCGCAUCAUCGACAGCGAGUACACCGCCCAGGAGGGAGCCAAGUUCCCCAUCAAGUGGACUGCGCCCGAAGCCAUCCAGUUCGGGGUGUUCACCAUCAAAGCAGACGUGUGGUCAUUUGGGAUCCUCUUGAUGGAAAUUGUCACGUAUGGGCGGGUGCCAUAUCCAGGGAUGAGCAACCCCGAGGUCAUCCGCAGCCUGGAGCGCGGCUACCGCAUGCCGCGCCCGGACUCCUGCCCGCCCGAGCUGUACCGCGACGUCAUCGCCGAGUGCUGGCGGGACCGGCCGGAGGAGCGGCCCACCUUCGAGUUCCUGCAGUCGGUGCUGGAGGACUUCUACACGGCCACCGAGCGGCAGUACGAGCUGCAGCCCUAGGCACGCGGCCCCGCCCCCUGGCUCACCUGUGCGAGCCUCGGGCCCGGGGUGAACCGCACCUGUGGACCGCUGCGGCUCUUCUUCAGGCCGCGGGCGAGCCGGACGGGCCGAGGGGUACUGGCGCACCCACGUCUCCGAUCAGGAACCAGGGGUAGAGGCGACCUCGCAGGAUCGCCGGCUGGGCCCUGGAACGACUUCCCGAGCCCCUCUGUGCGUUGGCACCACAGGGCAGGACCGUGUGGCUUUUCACGCCUGUCGUUCGCUCUGACCGCCGCAGGGUUAAGCCUCGGGAGGUGCGCAGAGCAGUGCCAGCACCGCGCAGGCGCCGCCGUGCGCCCGGAGCCGCGCCCUGCUUGCUGCCGGGGUGGGGGGCCCCCGACCCAGGCGGCACUCCGCACUUUGGGACUGUUCUGUAAUAAAGUCGCAAGAGUCUGA